AUGCUGACUGCGCUCGCCCCGCUAGCCCUUCCUGGGCUCUCAAGGCGGCUGCCUGCCUCUGCGGGGCGUCAGGACUCGUCCGGUUCGUCCGGCUCCUACCACACAGCUCCGGGUUCUCCGGAGCCCCCGGACGUUGGGCCGGACACAGAAGGCCAGGGGACUUGGCUCUGGGUGGCUCCUGGGCGGGGGGCGGGCGCGCAGCCUGUCCUGUCCGUCAGCGCCCAGAAUAGCCGCCAGCAGCACUGCUCCGGCUCGGGUUUCCCGCGAGGCCCGGGCUCCGGCCCGCCGCCGCCCCAGCCCCAGCUGCGCAUGCUGCCGUCGGGGGAGAUGGAAGUCAUCUUCGGCGCGGGGCCUCUGUUCAGCCGCUCCGACGCGGAGGAUCUGGAGGAGCAACAGCUCAUGGCGCCUGCCUUCAGCAGUCCCCUGCUGCCUGGGCCAGCGUCUCCGGUCUCUGUGUCGUCGCAGCCGCAAGCCCCCGACGGGGGCUCUCGCUGGGCCACCUACCUGGAGCUGCCGCCCCGCGAGCCGAGUCCUGCCGUCUCAGGCCAGUACGAAUGUGUGGAGGUGGCCCUGGAGGAGCGCACCGCGCCCGUUAGACCCCGCACGGUACCGAAACGUCAGAUCGAGUUGCGUCCGCGGCCUCGGAGUCCCUCGCAGGACAGUCGCGCGCCGCGUCCCCGACUGCUCCUGCGCACCGGCUCCCUGGACGAGUCUCUGAGCCGCUUGCAGGCCGCCGCGGGCAUCGUGCAGACGGCGCUGGCCAGAAAACUAGGCUCUGCGGUCCCAGCCCCCAGCAACGUCACUUUGAAGUCUACGGGCAAGCGAGAAUCCACGACGAACUCUCAGGAAACGGCAGCCAGCACUCAUGUGGUCCUGGAAGAGGCCAAGUCCCGGCCACCCCGCGCACACGAUCAUUCUGCCUCGGCCAAAGCCCCACGGCCUUGGCCUAGCCUCCGAGAGCGAGCGAUUCGGCGGGACAAGCCGGCACCCGGGACCGAGCCUCUGGGUCCAGUUAGUUCCAGCAUCUUUCUGCAGUCAGAGGAGAAAAUUCACCAGGCUCACAAACAGGAACCCAAGACCCAGUUCCCCCGUGAGACUCCCGAUCGAACCGUGCCGAGGGCACGGAGUCCUUCCAGGGGUUCCCGGGUGGUUCCCAGUAGGGUUGUGAGACCGAGAAGCCCAUCUCCUCCGCUGCAGGCUCCAAACGGGGCCGUGCGGGGUCCUCGCUGCCCGUCUCCCCAGAACCUCCCACAACCUCAUAAGAUUGUUUGGAGAACGAGUAGCCCGGCUUUCCCUGGCGCAUCCUCUGCCUGGGAGGAUCGGAAUGCCUCCGUCGAGGAAGUCGUCAGCAGAAGGACCCCUUCCCCGCCACCACUUUCCCAAUGGACUCGGGGUGUCGCUAGAGUUGGGAACCCAUGUCCCGAAGCGCCUCUCCCGUGGAAGGUUCCGAAUUCGAGAGGCGGAGAUGCAGCAGGACUGAGUAGGGACCCGUCCCUGCCAGCCCUGCUCCCACGGGAGUCACCUCAUCCUAUUGAAACGCGUAGCCCAUCGCCCGGAGAGACUUGGAGUCCGGUUGCCCAGGCUUCAUCGACGGCAUUGCGUCAGGAAGCUUUGAAUGGUUUAACUCAGAAGCCGGAGUCGCCUACACCAUCAGCACCCGGGACUCCAGAGCUCCCAGAGGCGCAGUGUCUGCUCUCACUGGAAAAUGCGAAUAUUGCCUUCAGAGGCGGUCAGCCCUCUCCAGAUGUAGAUACAACGGAACAGCCCCGAAGUCAUCUGACAAGCAUCCUGGACGACGAUGUGUGCCCAGAAACCUUGGGCUCGGGAGAAGCGACUUCCGGACGUCCGCGCGUGACCAUUCCGCGACCGCGAGACGUGCGCAAGAUGGUCAAGACUACCUACGCGCCAAGCUUCCCUGCAGGGACCCCAGGCUCCGGGCUUCCCGCGCCCCCUGCGGACACCUGCGGGGAGGAGGGUGACGUAUCCAAAACGCAAAAGCUCCCGGCACUUGAGUCGCCCGCCCCGACUCAUUACACAUCCAUUUUUCUCAAGGACUUUCUGCCUGUGGUUCCUCAUCCCUACGAGACACCAGAGCCUUCACUCCCUGCAACCCCUAAGGAUGCCCCCCAGUCCAGCGGGGUCCCGAGGCGGAGGGCAGAGAACAGCACCGCGAAGCCUUUCGCUCGCAGUGAGAUCCGCUUGCCUGGCGCUCUAGCCUUCGGCCAGCGGCGAGAGAAAACUCCGAGUGUCCAAAGACCGGGUCCUGGAGGAGAAAACCCGGAUGCUGAGGCCCAGAGUCUGGCCCCAGAUCGCGAGGGUCGGACCAGCCCUUUAGGAGGCGCUCGCACCUCAACCCAGCGUUCCCCUUUAGAGUCCACAGGGACCAGACCACCUCGCCCCGGGUCCCCGCAGGCGGGUCCCAACUCCAGCCUUAGGGCAGCACCCGAAUUAGAGACACCGCUUGUGUCUCCUGCAACUGCGGUCCAGGCGCCCCUCCUUCCGGAUCCUCCGGCGACGGCAGCCAGGACGGCUGCACCCUUCCCGCGAGCGGCCUCCGCGCCUCCCACCGACCGGCUCCAUCCUGCAUCCUCCCUGGGGACGCGCAGGCCUCCGGGAGCCGUGCCCGCGGGGAAGGUCCUCGUAGACCCGGAGAGCGGCCGGUACUACUUUGUGGAGGCGCCGAGGCAGCCGAGGCUGAGGCUGCUCUUCGAUCCCGAGAGCGGGCAGUAUGUGGAAGUUCUGCUGCCACCGUCGCCCUCUCCCUCCCGGCCGCCACGCCAACCCUAUGCCCCGCUGGCCUUAGGGCCCGGCCUCUACCCGCCCGUCUAUGGGCCUAUCUCUGGCCCGUCACUGUCGCCGCUGUCUCACAAUCUGCCAGCCCUUGGUGGUCUCCAGCUACCUUGGGCUCCUGAGGCUGGAUCCCUGGAGGGGAUGUACUACAUGCCCUUGAGCGGGACCCCUAGUCCGGCACCGCCGCCGCUGGCCUUCUGUGCCCCACCCCCCAGUUCUGGUCCCAUCCAGUCCAGCAAGGGUUCUGUGUUUCCUUUGUAAAACCCCAGCCUUUAUCCCCGUGGAGUUGGGUUCCCUGGAAGGCUUUGGAAGUUCCGGAUCCCAGUCUCUUAAUUUUUUUCUCCCGUCAAUUCUUUGGCCAGUUCCAGCCGGUCACCAGACCAGAAGUGGCCUUAAGAGAAUGUAUCUGCUACCUGGGCUGAUAGUGCUGGAGCAUCAUUAGCAAGUGACUGCCUGCCUAUCCCCGCCCCCGCCCCCCAACAAAAAUAUGUAUCCCUUCCCCAAACCUUCCCAGGGUGUGCUGUGUUUGUGUAUGUGUUUACGUAGGCAAGCAAGUCUGUCAAAGUGAGAAGCCAGUCUAAGAGGUGUUGGGGUUUCCCAGAAUAGCAGGUGUGGGAGCAGCAGGACGGGGCUGCCUUGGUGAACUGUUUGUAUUUCCCUAACACUGGGCCCAGUUGAGUGGAGCAGGAGAGUAGGUGCUGCUGAGAUGGGAUGGGCGACAGCCAUCAAAUCUGGAUUAGUCCUACAAGGGAGAACCUAGUGUGGCCCCUGGGCAGCUUGGGGCAGCGAAUGGGAGCUAUGGGGACAGUAGUUGGAGAUGAAGUAUGGGUUGCAUAAGGAGAUGUGGAUGUGGAUUGGAGGUGAGAGAACUGGGUGAAAUGGCUGUAGUCCCUGGAAAGACAGUCAAUGAGACGAGCAGCUCCUUGACAGAAAGGCCUGCAGGAGGGUCUAGGAAAUGAGGAAGGGGAGGAAGAUUACUCUUCUUCCGGUUUUCUGUGGCUGGAGGGUGACUAGGGACAAG